UCCGGUAUUUCCGUCGCCGACACCAUGUCAGAAUACCGGGCCGACCGCUCAGCUCUUCUCUGCAGCAGGACCAUACCUGUUCCUCGGUCCAGCGCUGUCCACAGUCUCUGGUCAUCUCCUGUACUGUCGGCAGUCUCUUGGUCAUAUCCUGUAAUAUGUCAGCAGUCUCUGGUCAUUCCCUGUACUGUCCACAGUCUCUGGUCAUUCCCUGUACUGUCCGCAGUCUCUGGUCAUUCCCUGUACUGUCCGCAGUCUCUGGUCAUUCCCUGUACUGUCCGCAGUCUCUGGUCAUUCCCUGUACUGUCCGCAGUCUCUGGUCAUCUCCUGUACUAUGUCCGCAGUCUCUGGUCAUCUCCUGUACUAUGUCCGCAGUCUCUGGUCAUCUCC